UCUCACUUCUAGGAAGCAUGACUGAUAUUCCAAAGGAGGGAAAACUGACCAGAUUUCUGGACUUCACUCAGCUGAUUGACAUGGCCUCUGAGUGCGUGGGAGGAAAGGUUUUAUUUGCAACAGAUGACUUUUUUGCUCCUGCAGAAAACCUCAUAAAGAGCGACAGUCCAAGCUUUAAGGAACACGAAUACACGGAGUUUGGGAAAUGGAUGGAUGGAUGGGAGACCAGGAGGAAACGGAUUCCAGGUCACGACUGGUGUGUCAUCCAGCUGGGGAUACAGGGCAUUAUCCGUGGUGUCGACGUGGACAUUUCUUACUUCUCUGGGAGCUAUGCUCCUCGGAUGUCGAUUCAAGCGGCCAACUUGAAUGAAGAAAAUGUGCCAGCCAUCCCACCAAGAGAAGCGAAGACAGGAGCUGCAGCGACACCCGAGGAGUUUGAAGCCAUUAGUGAGCUAAAUUCGGACUCCUGGGAUUACCUGGUUCCUAUGUCGGAGCUUAAGCCAGGGGACCCUGACUCCAGCCACAACUAUUUUUUUGUCAAUUCCCAGCAGAGAUGGACUCACAUAAGACUCAACAUCUUCCCAGAUGGUGGCAUCGCACGCCUCCGAGUAUACGGUACUGGACAGAGGGACUGGACCUCAUCGGACUCCAAGGAACCCGUAGACCUAGUGGCCAUUGCUUUUGGGGGAGUCUGUGUAGGAUUUAGUAAUGCACACUUUGGACACCCAAAUAAUAUGAUAGGUGUCGGCAAGCCCAAGUCCAUGGCAGAUGGUUGGGAAACCGCCAGGAGGCUGGACAGACCCCCCGUGUUAGAAAGUGAUGAGAACGGCCUUCUCCAGAUCCCCGGUAGUGAGUGGGCAGUGUUCCGACUGGCACAUCCCGGAGUCAUCACUCAAAUUGAAAUUGAUACCAGAUACUAUAUAGGCAAUUCUCCUGACAGCUGCCAAGUGGAUGGGUGCGUCCUGACCACACAGGAAGAGGAAGACAUGGUCAGGAGCCAAUGGAUCCUCCCUGCCCAUAAGUGGAAGCCACUGCUUCCUGUCACCAAGCUCUCUCCCGACCAAAACCAUGUGCUGGACAGCCUGACCCUGGAGCUCCAGGAUGUCAUCACCCAUGCCAGGCUCACCAUCACCCCUGAUGGGGGUGUAAGCCGCCUUCGGCUCAAGGGCUAUCCCAGUUCCAUCUGUUUGCUGCGACCCCUCCGGGAGAAGCCCACGCUGAAGUUCUCUCUGAAACCAAACUUCCGGGCAAAUCUUUAGACAGCUCAUCUAUGGUAGUGGUCCCCACCCGCUGUCUUCAGUGUUCAAUAAAGUG